AGCCCACAUUGGAGUCCAAAUGACCCAAUCACUCUCAAUCCGCAAUUGCUUCUAAUCAUAGCCGCACCAACGCUCUCAAUUGGCGAUCGCCUUCUGUCCCCAACCCUUCUCCCUUAGGUCAUCUCUGCGCGAUACGGCCUUUUCUGCCCUCGUUCGACCGCGUGUCCUUCGUCAAUUGCCAGUAUUCAGGGAUUUGGAGUCGUAGCUCUCACCAUUCUCACCCUGUCCUUCGAUAACGGAAAUCGAAUUGGACGAACGUAUCUAGUCUGCUUUCAUCGAACUCCCACCGAAGUUUUAAUCAUUAUUCACGUAAAACUACUAUGCCCCCCAAAGCAAAAAAGCCGCAAGCUGGUCCCGGAAUGAACAGAAAGUCUCGUGUCACUCGGGCUGCAUCCAAAGUCCAGCCACAACCGCCUGGCAAACUUUUGAAGGAAGACCAAGUAAAAGAAACGGAGGAAAAAACAACGGUGGAGCUUGAAGAGGCGGCAAAGACUGAAGAAAACACUCAGCCCAUUGAGCAGAAGUCAUCACCUCUUGGGACUGAUGAGGAUCCCGAGGAGGAACAAAACUUUGAGGCAUGCGGGCCCUCUAAUAUGAAGGAGUUUGAACCAAAAGAGUCUGUUGAUGAGUUUGAGAAAGGUGAAAAGUUAGAUUUGGAGGACAAUGAUCCUGAAUAUGAAACUGAAGAGUAUGUUGGUCCUGAUUAUGAUGAAAGGGGAAGUGAACAUGAUGACGAUCUAGAAGAGGGUGAUGAGAUGGAAGAUAAUGAGGAGGAAUAUGUUUGUGAUGAGGGUGAAGGCGAUAUGGUUGAGGAGGAGGUUGAAGAUGUCAAUGAGGACCUUGAGGGAGAGGAAGAUGAAAAACAAGAUGGUGAGGAACACGCUGAAAUGGCUGAUGCAGCUGAGGAGGAAGAACAUCAUGAAAUGGUCAAAGAAAGACGCAAACGUAAGGAGUUUGAAAUUUUUAUUGGUGGCUUGGACAAAGAUGCUACCGAAGAUGAUCUUAGAAAGGUCUUUAGUCAAGUUGGUGAGAUUACCGAAGUGAGGCUUAUGAUGAACCCUCAGACCAAGAAGAAUAAGGGAUUUGCUUUUCUGCGAUUUGCAACAGUAGAACAAGCCAAGCGUGCUUGUACAGAGCUAAAAAAUCCAGUGGUUAAUGGAAAACAGUGUGGUGUAACUCCAAGUCAAGACAGUGACACUCUCUUUUUAGGUAACAUAUGCAAAACAUGGACAAUGGAAGCUUUGAAUGAAAAGUUGAAGCACUAUGGCAUUGAGAACAUUGAUGAUUUGACACUAGUGGAGGACACAAAUAACGUAGGAACAAAUCGAGGCUUUGCGUUCCUAGAAUUCUCUUCUCGUUCAGAUGCCAUGGAUGCUUUUAAACGUCUUCAGAAGAGAAAUGUUGUUUUUGGACUUGACAGGCCUGCCAAGGUUUCCUUUGCAGAUUCAUUCAUUGACCCAGGUGAUGAAAUUAUGGCUAAGGUCAAGACGGUCUUUAUAGAUGGUCUCUCAUCCCAUUGGGAUGAGGCCCACAUUUCUGAACUUCUCAAAAAACACGGGAAGAUAGAAAAGAUUGAGCUCGCUCGUAACAUGCCAUCUGCCAAGAGAAAGGAUUUUGGUUUUGUCACUUUUGAUUCACAUGAUGCUGCAGUUACUUGUGCGAAAUCCAUUAAUAAUGCUGUGCUAGGAGAAGGAGACAGUAAGGUUAAGGUUCGAGCCAGAUUAUCAAGGCCCCUUUCAAGGGGCGGGGGUAAAUAUGCUUCACACGGAGAUGUGAGGCCUCGCCACAGGCCAGCACGGGUGCCUAGGGUCCCGUGGGGCCGCGCAUUGCCACAUAAUCUCCCCAUUCAUGGACGAAGAGUUGGUCCACGUAGGCCACCUUUGGUUGAUCGCAGCGCUAAACGAUCCCCUGGUUACAGAGAUAGAAGAGCAAGCAUGGCUGUCCCACCCAGGAGCAGACCUGUUGCCCCUCUGCCUAGUAGGCCAUAUGAAAGGAGACCGCCUGCUCAUGCAUAUCCGAGAAAUAGUUCUAAGAGAGAGUAUGGUAGCAGAGCUACCAUAGACUAUGCUCCCAGAAUACCCUCUGACAGACGCUCAUCCUAUAGAGAUGAAUAUGAUCCCCAUGGAUCUGGCUAUGCUGAUUUUCCAGGAGGACCAUCUAGGAGCACAUUAAGAAGAGCAUAUGUUGAUGAUGACUAUGAGCAGAGGUUUGAAAGACUGCCUCCAGUGUACCGUGACAGCCGUGCUCGGGAAUAUGACUCUAUAUCUGGCUCAAAACGUGCAUAUGCUGCAAUGGAUGAUAUUCCUCCUCGAUACGUUGAGACAGGAGUUCGCCGUUCUCGUGCACGUGUGGACUAUGAAUAUGGAGGACGCAAUGCUUCUCAAUACGGGGGUUCCUAUGGUGACAGACCUGGAAGGCCCCCUAUUGGAUAUGGUGGAAGCAGAAGUUCUAUGUCUCAUCAAGAUUCUCAUGGACUUUAUAGUAGUCGCCAGGGUAUGGGUUAUGACAGAGGCUCUUAUGGUGGUAGUGAUGUUGGUGGAAUGUAUCCUUCAGGCUAUGGUGGUGAUUACAUGCCUCAUGGCAGUGAUAUGGGUGGCAGCUCUUAUUCAUCACUCUAUUCUAGUCGUGAUCUGGGUGGAGGCGGCUAUAUGGGCGGCGGUGGUUCUAGAUCUUAUUACUGAGAUUUCGAAUGGACAAAGAGGCUGCGUGGAAUGCACUACGUGCUUGAAAGCCAGACCAUUUUGGAUUGGAAUGAUGUCAAGCAAGUGAAAACAGCCUCCUCUAUAACUGCAGUUUGAUGACAAGAUAUGUUUUAUGAAGGAGUUUUGGAUUUCUAGUUUGUUGGGAUUUGGAGGCCUCAGUAAUUUUAUGCCCUUAGGAAAGUUGAUAUUUAAUAGAGACUUACACUGCUGAAUAUCCAGCAUUUGUAGUUAAUUAUCCCUUUUAAGUACCUUUUGGGUUUUGAAAUAAUAAAGAUGGAACACUGUUGAAGUUGCAAGUUUAUCUUAUUUUGUGCAUAAGCAAGUCCGUGCGAAUGGAUGAAGACUAAACAUUAAUGGCUUUGCAAGGAGGGCAAGGUAUUGAACAUGAAUGCCAAAAAAGAUUGCCCUGGAAGCUGUACUCUGCUAUGAAAUAUGGAUUUAGUGGGAACUUCUGGAGUGUGAUCACACACACACACAUGCAUUUGAUACUCGUGUGAGAGUUUUGUUCAACUGGUUUUGGUUUUACGCAUUAACCUCAAUCCGAACUACAUAUGAAUAUGUAGGAAAAGCUUGUUAAACCUGGAGUUCAAGCGAGGUGCAUUAAAUACUCGCCUCAGAG